UGUGUGGGUCUCUUUGCCUGACCCACCAGCCACCGAGACAGAGAAGUGUGUACAGGUGCUGUGCUGCACUCCUCCUCCUCUCCUCCUCUCCUCUCCUCUCCUCAUGCCCCUGCAGGUGACAUGGCCCUUCCCACAGUGCCCCCGUCUGGGCUGGAGGAUUUCCAGCUCGUUUGUGAUGGGCGUGGUGGGAUCAUACAGCUACCUCUGGACCAGUGAGUUCCUCUUCCUCCACUCCCUCCUCUCCACGUUCACUCUGACUGACUGGCUGCUGUUCUUCUUAAAUCACAUGACCUUCUGCUCCUCAGAGUAUAUGAACUGUUUAUCAGUGCACAACCAGGACGUUCUGCUGGAUCUGGUGGAUGAACGGCCUCGGGACACGCCCCUCAUCACUGUGUCCAAUCAUCAGUCUUGCAUGGAUGACCCACAUAUCUGGGGGGUGUUGAAAUUUCAGCAGCUGUGGAACUGGAAGAAAAUGAGAUGGACCCCGGCAGCGUCUGAUAUUUGCUUCACGAGGGAAUUCCACUCUCGUUUUUUCAGCAGAGGGAAGUGUGUACCUGUGGUUCGAGGUGAUGGAGUGUACCAGAGAGGAAUGGACUUCCUGGUAGAGAAACUCAAUCAGGGCGACUGGGUGCACAUAUUUCCAGAAGGGAAGGUGAACAUGACGGAGGAGUUUAUCAGGUUAAAAUGGGGAAUCGGGCGUUUAAUCGCUGAAUGUUCACUUCAUCCUGUUAUCUUACCGCUGUGGCACGUCGGUCUGAAUGAUGUUCUUCCUAAUAAAACGCCAUACAUUCCUCGAGCAGGAAAGAGAGUAACUGUGUUAGUUGGAAAACCUUUUACAGUGAAGCACAUAGUAGAAGCUCUGAGAGCGGAAAAUAAAUGUCCGGUGGAGAUGAGGAAAGCGCUGACGGACUUCAUCCAGACUGAGUUCCACACUUUAAAAUCACAGGCUGAAGCUCUUCAUCAGAGGAUUCAGACCAGUCGGUGAUCCACACACAGCUGGAGAACCUGCAGGAUUACACUGGGGACACACACAGAUCAGACUGAAGUGCAGUGAGACUGGACGAGGUGAAAUGUGUGUGUAAACGGACCUUCAGAGAUGUUCCCAGUGCUCGUCUGAUGAACCUCAUGGACACAGUAACGUUCUCCGCUGAUGUGAAAUACGAACCUCAUGAUCCUGUCCAUGAGAGAACAUUUUUUAUACCAGUUUUAGAUUUUUAAAGCAGUGGUUACGUGCGCAGUACCGACUGUCUCUCAAACACCGACUGUCACUUCUACAUAGUUUAUUAAAUUAAUUUCUAACCUCUGA